CUAAUGUUGCAGUUUGUAAUAUCAUAAUUCAUGGAUUUUGUGAAAUGGGGCAUGCUUGAUAGGGCUCUCGAGUUUUAUGAUGAGAUUGUUAGGGUUAGGGUUAGGCCUGAUCUGUUCACUUUUAACAUUUUGAUCAGUGGUUAUUGUAGGAAUUUGAAGUUUGGGUUGGCAUUGGAGAUGUUCAAGGAGAUGAGAAAGAUGGGCUGUGAGCCAAAUGUGGUUACUUUCAACACUUUGAUUAAGAAGAUGUUUAGGGAGGGAAAGGUUGAAGAAGGGAUUGGGAUGGCUCAUGAGAUGAUUGACUUGGGUUGCGAGUUCUCCAAUGUCACUUUUGAGAUUCUGGUUCGCGGGCUUGGCGAGAAAGGAAAGGUUUUGCAGGCAUGUGAGCUGUUACUUGAUUUCUCCAAAAGGGGAGUUUUGCCUAAAGGGUAUGAUUAUUUUGAUUUGGUCGAUGCUCUGUGUGGGAAUGGAGAUGUUGAUAGAGCACUGGGGCUAAUUUAUGAGUUGUGGGAGAAAGGAUGUGUGCCGAGCUUGAUUGCUUGCAUUGUGAUGAUUGAUGGGUUGAGAAGCUCAAGGAAGACUAAAGAAGCUUGGAGAUUGGUGGAAAAGAUGCUUAAAGAGGGUAUGAUACCAGAUGUUAUUACUUUCAAUUGUGUGCUUCAGGAUAUUUGCAAGGUGCGACAAACAGAGGAAGCAAAUAAAUUAAGAUUACUUGCUUUUAGCAAGGGUUUAGGGUUUGAUGACGUGACAUAUAAAAUUUUGGUUAAUGGAUACACAGGAGAGGGCCAGAAAAUAGAGGGAGAGUCAGUGGUGAAUGAGAUGUUGGAUAGGGGAUUCCUACCUGAUCUUGCUUCAUAUAAUGAAUUGAUGAAUGCGCUAUCCACUUGUCAACGACACUCCACCCACCAUCAGGCUAAUAAACUUGACCACACAUAAUACAAGUGUUCAAGGUUUAAUUAUAAUUGAAGCCUAGGAUAAGUGAUUUAUGGAUGAUUCAGAGCUCAAUAUGAAAAACCUUCAGAUGAUUAUAUUGUUAUUUCGGGGCUUACACUGCAAUGUCUAGUGCAUCCUCCAUGCUGACUUCUUUCAAUGAGACCUGGGUGUGGUGAAAAUGUAGCUGGAUUCUCAGAUACUUGUGUGAUCUUCGAUCAUUUUUGCAAGGAAGAGGAUAUGGCUGCGCAUGCUUCUUCUGAGAUUAUUAAGUAUGAUGUCUUCCUCAGCUUCAGAGGCACAGACACUCGCCGUGGUUUUCUCAGCCAUCUGCGCAAGGCUUUAGAGGACAAGCACAUCAAGACAUACGUGGAUUACAUGCUCAGAGAAGGAAUUGAAAUAUUGCACUCACUCCUUGCAGCCAUUGAACAAUCAGAAAUUGCUUUGAUCAUAUUCUGCCAGGAUUAUGCAUCUUCCCAAUGGUGUUUGGAAGAACUAGCCAAAAUAUUGGAAUGCAGGAAACAAAAUGGUCAAAUUAUAAUACCUAUUUUCCAUAAUGUAGACCCAUCAUGGGUGCGCCGCCAAAAGGAAAGUUAUCACCAUGCGCUUGCUAAUCAUGAGGUGAGGUUUGCAGACAGGGUGCAAAUCUGGAGAGAUGCUCUCAAGGAAGCUGCCAACUUGUCUGGAUUCCAUUCACCGUCAUCAAGCUUCAGGAACGAUGCUGACCUUGUUGAUGAAAUUGUCAAAGUGUCUUACAAAGGUUAAACCAAUCACCCCAAGGUGAUUUGCAGGGUCUUGUUGGAAUUCAUGGACCAAUUGAAAAGCUAGUAUCGUUGUGCAUGGAAUCUGAAGCUGUUAUUGUUGGCCUUUGGGGCAUGGGCGGCGUUGGUAAGACAACUCUUGCGACUGCAGUUUUCAAUAGAUUGUGUGAUGGAUUUGAAGGAUUUUGCUUUUUGAACAAUGUAAGAGAAAGAGCUGAGAAAUAUGGUAUAGAUCAUUUGAAGACAGAACUUCUUUCCAAACUGCUAAAGGAAGAAGAUGCAAGUCCCUUUGUCACGCCUGGUGGGAUAACUAAUUUUGCCAAGAAAAGACUUAGUCGAACAAAGGUUCUUGUUGUUCUUGAUGAUGUCAAUGAUUCAGAUCAAAUGGAAGAUUUAUCUGGAGGACAUACAUGGUUUGAGGCAAGUAGCAGAAUCAUAGUGACAACAAGAGAUAAGUAUGUUCUUGCUACAGCUGAUGCAGAUCAUAUACAUGAAGUUAAGACAUUGAAUCCUGAUGAAUCUCUUUGGCUUUUCAACUUGAAUGCCUUUAAGCAAAACUGCGUUAUAAAAGCAUAACAAGUUGAGUUAUCCAAGAGGGUGCUUAAUUAUUGCAAAGGCCUCCCUUUAGCAUUAAAAAUCUUGGGUUCCUUCCUUAAAGGGAAAAACUCAACAAGAUUGGGAAAGUGAACUGGCCAAACUUGAAAAGAUGCCUGAUGAAAAAAUCCAAAGUAUAUUGCGAUUGAGUUAGAUCGUAAUGAUUGGAAUAUAUUUUUGGAACUUGCAUGUUUCUUUGAUACAAAUACAGAAGAAGAGCAGAUAAAAUCUCUUCUUGAUUGCUGUGGAUACACAACUACUAUCGGGUUGACAAAUCUUUCUAAUAAAGCUCUUAUUUCCAUUUCAAACAAUUGUGUGUCAAUGCAUGACUUAAUUCGAGAAAUGGGUCGUGAAAUUGUUCGCGAAGAAUGUCUAGAUGAUCCAGGAAAACGCAGUAGACUAUGGGAUUCUUGUGAUACCUAUAUAGUACUGAAAUACAGUAAGGGAACUCAAGCUAUUCAAAGUAUCACUUUAAACAUGUAUGAAAUUGAUACGAUAAGGUUGCACCCUGAGACAUUUGAAAGAAUGCCAAAACUGAAGCUUGUUAGAUUUCAUGCACCCGAUUUCUGAAGAAAGUUGUGUGCUCCAGAAGAUAUUACAUCCCUGCCAAAGAAGUUAAGCUACUUUCAUUGGGAUGAGUUUCCUUUGAAAUCUUUGCCGUCUUCUUUUGGUGUUGAGAGAAUUGUUGAAAUCAUAAUGCCCAAUAGUGGAUUCAAACGCUUUGGGAAGGUGAACAGGUAUGGAAAGAGACAACAUUGUUCUUCAUUUAUAAUUCCAACAAGAUUGUGAAAUUAUUUUGAUGCCAUACACAUGCAUGUAUACCUACCUUUUAAUGAGUUAAUUUCAGAAUCUUGUAAGUCUAAGGAAAGUGGAUCUAGAUGGUUCGUCAAGCCUAAUGGAGCUCCCAGAUUUAUCAAAAGCUUCAAAUCUUAGAGAAGUGAGUAUCUCUGGUUGCAAGAGUCUGCGUCAAGUUCCUCCAUCUGCUGUGUGUUCCCAGAAGCUGAAAUACCUGAAAGUGAGCAACUGUGAGAGCCUUGAAAGGAAGAAUUUCCUUUCUGCCCCCACUCCCCACAACACCCACUUCGCCCUUUUUGUGCAUACGAGGGAUUAGGGCAGACAAAUUUGAAGGAUUGGGAGAGGAAACGAAACGGCGUCGUUUUCGUCUCCAGGGACUUAUAUGUCUUGUUACGAAAUGCUCCAUGCCACCUGGCCUCCUUUACGGCCAGCUCAGCGCCAACUCUGUCAGUUCAGCUUUUUCCGUCUAGUGCAAACGGCUGAAUUCAACGGAAGGACAUAAAUGUCCACGUUUUUAAGGUGUGAGGGACUUUAAUGUAUUUUCCAUUCCUUGAGGACGAAAAUGUCCGCGAAAAAAAGGUCAAGGACCUAUUUGUCCUUUA